CAUCCAUCCACCUAUCCAUCCAUCCAUCUCAGCCAUCUCAAUCAAGGGCACUCACUUGCGUACAGACAAUACAGACGAAAAAUGCUGACAUAGAAGAAGAGGCAGACAGACAGACAAAGUCAGGGAAUCAAUCAAUCCAUCAAUCAACUGACCGACCAUACACACACGUAUCUAUCAAUCAAUCAACCACCACUCUGCCCUGCCCUGCUGUGCUGUGGCCGCCUUGCCACUCUUCCGUUUGUCUCGCUUUCUUUUGUUUGUCCGUUCUCCCGCACUCACUUCCAGCUCACAAAUGCGCGGGCACCCGGGCGUCCAUCCACACACCGAGUGCCGCAGCCAACAUGUCGUCAAAAAAACAGCCCACCCGCACCCGCUUCAAUGAGUCAAUCAACCAAUUUGUUAACGUCAGUCAAUGUAUGUAUGCAGCCAUACACACACAAUCCAUUCAUUGAUCAGUCUGUCUGUCUGUCGGCCUCCCCCACCCGCCGCAUCUGUCUAUCUGUCUGUCUGUCUCUUAUAUCCUAUCCCCCACAUACGAUCGGUCCACACGACACGGCCAUGUCCGUCCCCCCAUUAAAUGACAGCCCGCCCGGUCAUGUCUGCCCCCAUGGCGGCGACAGGUUGAUGGUGAUUCCGGCUGCAGGCGACUGAUGCAUCGGCGGCACCGGAGACGGCGCCAGCUGCUGCACAUCGCCCUUGCUGCUGCCGAGAGACGGGGGCGCCGAGGAAGGGCCGGUGCUGAUGGGAGGGUUGUUGUCUGCCAGCUUGGGCCGCUUGGGGCUGGGGCUGGGGUGGCCCUCCCAUCUCUCGGUCAGCUCCAGGUUGAUGGAGAGGGCGAUCUUGCGCACGCCGUCCGGUGAGGUCGUCACCGACAUCUCGCUGUGCGUCCGCUUCAGGGGGGCGCUUUGCCCUUGAACGUCCGCUGCUGCAUGGCCCCCGUGCACCUUGCCCCCCUGGCCGCCCGAUGUCGGCAAGCUGCCGUCGCCACCACCGCCACCACCCUUGGCCUCUCCUCUGCCCCCUCCUUCCCCCCUCUCUGGGACCGAUGGGUCGCUGAACCCGACGCUGUCGCUGUCAUCUUCGCCGUCGUCAUCCCGUCUGUCGUUGCGGGGCGAUGGCGCAGCCGCCACAUCGCCGUCCACGCCCGUCUUGGGCGUCCUCGGCGGUUUUGCCGCUGCCUUUGCCGCGCGGAGUUUGUCGAGGACGGCAGGUGGGGGAGGUGGGGGAGGGGGCAGGGGCGGGUCGACGAGCAGGGAGGGGAAGAAGUGGGUGACCAGCACCCGACGCAGCUUCUCUGCCAUGUUGGGUGCUGCUGUGGAGCCGCCGUCCCGGCCGACGGGCCAGAGUGUGUCGAGGUGGGCGGGGACCAGCUCCUUCCGAUCCAACAUCCCGCACAUAUCGUCUAUCAACGCUGAAGUGAUGAUGAACAUGACAGGUGACCGUCAGCCACACCGACAGAGAGAGGGGGGGGGGGGGAAAUGGUGAGCAUAUGUGGCGUGGGUGUGUCGGUUGUGGUGGUUGUAGUACCUACCAGUGACUUUGACGGGCUGUGUGGUCCUGAAUUGAGGGGGCCCCUCGUCGGGUGAGGGCGAGCAGGUGUCGAGCUGCUGGUAGAGGGAGGGCAUGACCUGCAUGAACUUUUGAGCCUUUAUCAGGGUGGUCUGGAUGACCGCUGGGUCCACGGCCUUCUCGCCCUCAUCCUGACCACACAGACACAUAGACAGACACACAGACACACAGACAGACAUAGACAGAGACAUACAACGCCAGAGUGCCUCUUGAUCUGCACCCAUCCCUGCCUGAGGCGUCCAUCAACCAGUGCAUGUUCAGUUACCACGAGCAGCAGCAUGAGGUCCUCGAGCCUCUCAUGGACGGUCCGCAGGCGGCCAAGCUGCUCGCCAUCAAACUCUAUCCACCCCAACUGCACACAUGAAUGCGGGGGCCAUGCAAUCAAUGCAUGUACACACGACCGGUCUGCCGACCCCUUCAAUCAAGCUCGCUUACACGGCUAAUGAGGUUCACUUUCUUCCAAUGCGCCAGCAAGCGCGCCUUCGCGUCCUGUUCACAUGCACAACCGCACACAGACGCAGCAGUGAGUGGCCAUUAAUUACACACUGACGCUCUCUCUACAUAUAGAUGCUGACCUUGAUAUAGCCGCCAUACUGAGCCUGGAUCAUGGCCGUCUUCUGGUCGACCUGCGGCUUGGCCGGCGGCGGACGCACACGACCACCCUGGGCCCUUGGCGCCGUCGGGCGGCCACCACUGCCACUGCUGAGCGGCCGUGCCCUCGGCGACUCGGCAGCCAGAGGCUCGUGCUCAGGCUCCCUCUCAGAUGGGCUAGCAGCGCCUCCAGCAGCACCAGCACCAGCAGCCAUCGACGAUGCAUGACGCUUCUUGCCAGCCGCCUGAGGGACGGGGCUCUGGUGAAGGCGCUUUAGCAGGGCAUCCGUCGACUUGUCCGUCUGAGCCCCCUGCCCCCUUCCGGCAAGGUGCGUCGGGUGGAUGGCCAUCUGGGGGCCCCGCUGCUGCCCAGCGCCGUCACUGCUCAGGUCGAUCACGGCAGGCUGAUGCACCAACGGGGACGCAUUACUGUCGGGCUUCUUGCUGGUGGCUCGUUUGCCGCUGCCCGACGAUUGGAUGGUCAGAGGCGACGGUAUGGACACCUGGACGUCACUGUCGCUGGACUGCUGCUGGUAGGUGCUGGCCGUGGUGGAAAGGCUGGCAUGCCCCACACCCGACUCAGGAGAGCCGUCAGUAUAGUUGGUCGACGAGGGCGCGGUGGUGUGCCCUCCUCCCAUACCCAUACCCAUGCCCAUGCCGUGCGCGUGUGGGUGUGCGCCGCCCAUCAAGUGCCGCAAGGCCCCAUCUUGGGGCGGCUGACAGAGAGGAGGGGACCGCUUGCUCGGCCAGCCGUCCAACACACAGGACGUGGGCAUGCCCGUCGGCUCACAUAGCGAAUACCCAGCACCAUGCGGCUGCUGCUGCUGCAUCGGUGGCUGUGGUUUUCGGGCGGCUGGUGGCGGCUGGCCCUCGGGCUGCCCGUAGUAGUGGCCGCUCCUCGCUGAUGGUGCUGCCGGCUGCGGACUGGCCAUGGCCCCUGUACUGGUGCUGGGAAAUGGCGACCUCAAGGACGACGCACCCACACCACCAGCGCCACCAGCACCAUACAUGACGCCUGUUGGUCGACAUCGAGAGAGACAGUUGGUGUGUCGUCUACCCAUUGUUUGUGCGUGUAUACCAACCAUACCAUUCAUGUGUGGAUGGCGUCCGUCAGGUUGCCGGGGCGCAGGCGACAGCGAGUGUGGCUGUGCCUGUGGCUGUGGCUGUCCCCCACUGUGGGCAUGACGAGCCUGGGCCUGGGCCUUGGCUGCUCAGGUCAAGCCAAGUCAGCCAACACAUCAGACAGACAGACAGACAGACGGCAUGGAGGGAUGGCGUGUGUGCUGUGUUGUGUGUGUGGCAGUGUGUGUAUUCAGGCACUGCACUCACCGACGCAUUUCUCCUUGAACUUAGUGCGCCUCUUGUGCUCUUCCUCGGCCAACUUCUCAUGGAACAGCUGCACCCAAUUCAGUUUCUGAGAAGGAGUAAUGGGAGGAGGAGCGACAGCGAGAGAGAGACAGCGAGAGAGAGCAGGACCGCACAGACACACGUCUCAAGGAGUUGCCUCGGCCGAAGUCUAUUCCCCGGUGCGUCCUGCUCACCUUGUUAUGGGCAUCUUGCACAUAGUGGUGGACCCACUUCUCGGCGGUGUGGCACACCUCUGCAUACCGCGUCUCGAUGGGCGUCCGCGAACCAAGCGUGCACACACGCAUCCUGACCACACACAAAGACAGACAGACAGAGAGGGAGGGAGGGAGGGAGAGGGAGUAUGGUCGCUUUCUGCUUUGGCCCCUUCUCCUCCCUGUCGCCUCUGACCACCACUUACACUUUCCACACGGCGUCGCGGUACUGGCGCUCAGACAUGCCCAGGUGCAGGGGUGGGCCCACCGAGAAGACCUGGGGCGGGUUGAAGGCCUGAUACUGCGGCUCGUCGGAACCGCCCCCACUCCCACCCCCACUCCCACCCCCACCACUGGCGACACUGACACUGGUGCCGGCGCCGCUGUGUGUUGACGACACAGUUGAGGGCGUCUGCCGCUGUGAGGCCCCACUCGAUGGGUACAUGAUCGACGAGGAAGGGAAGCUGCUCGUUGACGCCUGGUGCUGGUGGUGGUAGUGGGGGUGGGCAUGCUGCUGCUGCUGCUGGUGUUGGUGCCUCUGGAAUGAGUAGUUCUGCAUGCCACCUCCGCCCCCGCCUACACCAGCACCGUAGUUGUGCCGUCCUUGGUGGGAAUGCUGGGUGCUGUGGGCGUUGUGGGAAGACUGAAGAGGAAAGGCGCCUGUGUGUGCGGUUGCAGUCAUGGUGCCAUAGCGGGCGGCAUGGUGCGUCGCUGCAGCCAGUGGCGGCUGCACCGACGAGCUGCGAUGCCUGCUGCCAGUGGUGCUACCGCUGUGGCCGAAUGGUGGCUGGACUGCCGCUGUCGGCGCGUUCAGGGAGGUGAAGAGGCUGACAGGCGGCAGCUGCGAAGUGAACAGCCCAUGCUGCUGGUGCUGCUGAUGAUGCUGAAGGGAGUGAUGCGGGUUAGCGAAUCCACCUCCUGUGCUGAACGGACUGAGCUGGAAGCUCAUAGGGCAGCCAAACCAACCGACUGCGUCACAUCACACAGGAAGGGAGCGGGAGAGAGGAAGACACAACGACGCUGAUUCGAUUCGAUUCGUGACGCAUCAGUGCGCGACCAUCGCUGUGGCCAUCUGGGCCGGCCUCACCUGUACGCUUAGAUGUGUACGGGCGUACGAGUCGUCAAUCAGGGAGAGGCCACUCGAACGCACGAGCGACGACGAUGCGAUGUCGAACCCCAACAGAGGAGGCAGCUCGUCAGCUUCUCGACUCACAAAGCUGAGAAGCGGUCAGAGCGUGUGACGUCCUGCCUUUCCUAUGCGCUUUCUCGGAGGUUUUCCUCCCAGAUUUGGC